AUGCCUAGUCAGAAGCUCCCGUUCCAUAUCGCUGUUGUUGGCGGUGGCAUUGGUGGUCUUUGUGCAGCCCUUUCAAUCCAUCACCACUGUCCCAAGGAUGGCAGUGUCAUCAUCGAUGUGUAUGAGCAAGCGCCAGUGUAUAAAGAGAUUGGAGCUGGGUUGGGGAUUGGAGUCAAUGCUGCCAAGCUGCUCCAUCAGAUUGGUAUAGGAAAAGACUUGAAUGACAUCUCCGGCCAUCGUAACGGCAUUUGGAUCUCGUUCCGUCGAUAUGACAAUGGCAACGAGAUUGUGACUGUGCCUGUGGAUGACCAAAAGGAGAUACGACAAAGCCCCGUUCACCGAGCCGAGUUCUUGGAAUUACUGUUUAGCCAUGUCAAGGAGCGAAACGCAGCUACUCUUCACACCAAUAAGCAGUGCAUCGAAUUAAAGGACCAAGGUAGCUUUGUUGAGCUUCAUUUCGCUGAUGGAACAACGGCGACAGCAGAUUUGGUGGUUGGAUGUGAUGGAAUUCACUCCAAGAUUCGAUCUCAGUUUCGCACUGACAAUCCUAAAUACAGCGGCCGUAUGUGCUACAGAGGAUUAGUACCUAUCAAGGAUCUCGAGGCUUGGUGGCCGUUCGAGUCUUAUUCGAUAAGCUGGCUUGGUCCAGACAAGCACUUUCUAGCGUUUCCUAUAAGCAAAAACAAGACGCUGAAUAUUGUUGCGUUUGUAUAUUCUGAUGACGAACGCGCUCUGGAGAGCUGGACAGCCACGGGCCACAGGAGCGAGGUACAGAAGGAAUUUGAGGGAUUCGAUCCUACGGUCCGCAAAACCAUAUCUUUUAUGAACGAAUUUCCAUCCAAGUGGAUUCUGAAUGACCGCGAACUCUUGGAUCAAUGGGUUUUUGGAAACGGCAAAAUAGCACUGAUGGGAGAUGCAGCGCACGCGAUGCUGCCACAUCAGGGAGCCGGUGCCGGUCAGGCCAUCGAAGAUGGAUAUAUCCUGGGCCUUGCCAUAGCUGACUAUCUUGCCGCAUCUUCAAGAGGAAGCAACCAGACCCUUGAACAAUGGAUGCAGGUGUACCAAGAUGUUCGCCUCCCUCGUGCCCAGAAAGCGCAGGCUACAGCUCGCCAAGCUGGACAGGUGUAUGAAAUGCAGACACCUGAAAUGAAGGGCAAGACUUAUGACGACUGCCUGCCUCUUGUGCGGGAUAGUUUGAAAGACCGCAUGGGUUGGAUCUGGACGGGGGAUAUUGAGGCGGAGUAUACAGCAAAGAAGCAGCAUCUGGUGGACUCAUGAGCCACGGGAGCUUUGAAGGAUGGGACGAU